UGCAAGCCUCCGACAUGGCUCAGGAGAAAAUGGAGCUGGACUUUGAGCCUGACACAUCUGAUGGGGGCACCCUCAGGAGAUCCAACAGCGCUCCCUUGAUCCAUGGGCUCAGUGACCUUUCACAGGUUUUUCAACCUUACACGUUUAGAGCUCGGAGGAAUAGUACAACUGUCAUGAGCCGUCACAACUUGUUGCUGUCAACCUCACCUAAUCGGAUUCCUAGCAGCAGACUGCAUCAAAUCAAAAGGGAGGAAGGCAUGGACAUAAUGAACAGAGAAACUGCGCACGAAAGAGAAGUGCAAACUGCAAUGCAGAUAAGCCAGUCAUGGGAUGAGAGCUUGAGCCUGAGUGAUAGUGAUUUUGACAAGCAGGAGAAAUUAUAUUCUCCUAAAAGGAUUGACUUCACUCCUGUUUCUCCGGCACCAUCACCCACCAGAGGAUUUGGAAAGCAAUGUUUUUCACCAUCCUUGCAGAUGUUUGUGAGCAGCAGUGGCCUACCACCAAGUCCUGUUCCUAGCCCAAGACGCUUUUCCACCAGGAGAAGCCAGAGUCCAAUCAAGUGCAUUAGGCCCAGUGUUCUUGCUCCUCUUAAAAGAAAAGGUGAAAUGGAGACCGAAAGCCAGCCCAAGAGGCUCUUCCAAGGCACCACCAAUAUGCUGUCUCCGGAGGCUGCACAAUUGUCUGAUCUCAGUUCAUGGUGGUGUUUUCAAGGAGAAGAAAUUCCUGCCUUGACCAGAUGUGUGGAGCACCUACAAAUGAAUGAAUAAUGUUAUUUACAUACAAACCACUAUGUAGAAAAGCAUACAUGGAGCUUGACAGCUUGUCUCUGGUGGUGUAAGGAGGCCUGAAGGGCCUUGGCGUUCAGUGUUGUGCUGUUAUAAGCUAUUUAUCGUAAGGUAGGCUAGAAAAGGGGCUUUAUGUGUCUGAUUGCUACAUAUUGAUUCUAUUGCUGCUUCUUUCUGACUACUUUUUUGUCAUUAGAGUCGUUUGUUUUUGUCGUGUGGUGAGUGGUCCUGUUGACUGUAUUUUGAUUGUUGUGUUGCCACCAGAAUCCGAAUCCAGUUUAAUAAAAGGUCAAGGAAGCUUUUAGGAGCUACCAAAGUCAGUGUCAUUGUGCAUUCUGUUUUUAAGAAGCUGUUUGAGCUGUCAACAGUGUACAUGAUAGUAAAUGUGCAGUACCAUAAGUUAUUUAACGUUUAAAAGAGGAAAAUCGCGAUAGAGCUGUUUUAAAAACCUGAGUGUAAUCUAUUGCUAUUUAUUAUUUAAAACUGUGCAAAAUGUCCGUAGAUUUCUUACAGUGUUCAGACAUCGUGGUUGGGUUGUCGGUAUUUGACAUGCAAAUUUGCCUGCUAGGACCAUAAUAUUCCAUUUUUAAAUGAAUGUAAGAAAUGAAAACUACUGCAUUUGUGUCUUUUGAAGGCAAAGAUCCUUGAAUUUUAAAGGAAGAUGAUGUACUUUGAGGGUGCUCACAGACUAGUAAUACCGUAGGGCUCGAAGGGAAGCCUGUUCUCUCUGAAUUAUAAGAAACCAUCACUUAGCUUGCAGUAAGUAAUUCUGUUACAGCAUCAGCUGUGUUGUUUAUUUUAAAUUGUGAUAACCACCAUCAUGGCCAUUAAUGGCUUUAUCUCUCAUAUUGGCUUUCACCUGUGCAAAAUCCAUAAUCCUUCAAACUUAACAUGAAUGUAUAUAUUAUGAAGAUUGUUCUCUAGGAUGCCAUUUUAAAGAAAAAUUACUUCAAUGGUAUGCAGUAUGUUUAUUCUGUUUAUGAAAGAACCAUGUUAAGAGUUUCUGCCUAUAUAAUACUGAGAGAUGGUUUUCUCCUAUAGGAUAUUUAUCCACCUUCUCUCUACUGUCUUCUUUGCCUUAAGGGACACUUUUAGCCAUCAUUUUUUGGCUCUAAUGUAGGACUCUUGAGACGUAACCUUUAGAAUGUAAUGAUAUUUAAAUUUGUUUCUGAAAUUCUGUGGUGGGGUAGACUUGGGAUAGGAAAAUGAAAUUAAUUGUUCCACUGGUUUGAGAACUAGGAAGCAAGAUGAUUCACUUUACUAUUUAAGCCAAGGUUCAUUUUUAUCAUUUAAAGUGACUAGAAAGUUAAGUUUCUGCAGGGGUUGUUUUGGAAUAAAUAAAAGAUAGAGAUGCUAGCCUUCAGAUGAGCUUUGGUGACAGUACUUUAUUUUUAUAUAUAGUCUAAUAUUUGGAAAGUCAUCAUUGUUAUAAAGUAAAAUUCUCUCUUCCUAUUCUAAUACUAUAUCAUGUUUCAAGCUUCUAUUUGAAAACAAGUAUAAGAGAUGACAUGAUAAGAAAAUUUAAUAGAUGCCCUUUUUGCUUGA